AUGGCGCGAACAAAAUGGGUCGUACUCGCAAUAGUCCCAUGGUUGUUUGCACUUGUUUCCAAUUUUCGCAAGAUCCUUGACACACACCUUACAGGCGACUUCUUUCGAUCAUAUUCUCUUUUGGAAAGAGAAAAAAAAAGUCCUCUCGCCGAGUGGGAGAGCAUUUGGAAUGACUUUCACUCGAAAGAUUAUAAUAAUGGCUCAAUCGGAAACAGAGAUAUUCCACUGGACGAGCGUCAGAAACGGUGGCAACGGUUGUUAGACGUGCCGACCAAAGAUAAUGCCAGUGGUAUCCAACAGUUGAAGGACACGUUUGCUGCAUUUCCGACACCACCAAGCGAUUCGAUUUCAGUCUACAAUCACGAUGCAUAUAUCAGCCUUAUUUCCAACUUGCUUGAGGCGCAUCAUAAUGGUCGCAACUUUACCAUCGUUGCCAAUGGUGGUUCGGUCACUGCUGGGGGCGGCGACCCAUCGGUACCUCAAGAGGAUCGAUAUUAUUCCAUGCUCGCAGGUUAUCUCAACACGCUGCAGCUUGUUCUUGGAAAUCAAAACAACCAUGACGACAAGACGCAACCACCACCGAAGGUGCAAUGGGUAGGACAAGGCCAUGGCUUUCGAAACUCGCUUCACACUGCCUUGUUUUUCGACAGUUUUAUUCCAUCCGAUACUGAUUUGUUAAUAUGGGACUUUUCCAUUAACGAUGUGUCCACUGGAUGGAAGGACAAAGACUUGACUAUGAAAAGCUCCAGAGACAACCUAAUAGCAUGGCUGUCUGAAGUGAACCGAAUGAAGAAAAUACCAAAAGUAUUGAUGCUGUACAUGUGGAAUUCGUUUGAAAGGGAUGAACAAACGCAAAGGCUGAUGAAUCGUGCCUACGAGUCGCAUGGGCAGAUUGCUAGGCAAUUUGACUUCGUGGUGGGACAUGUUCACUUGGGUCUUUUAGUAGACGGAUUACAAAUACCUCAAUGUCAAGGGUACAAAAUGUGCCCAUUCCUGACAGAUCACGUACACACCAGCCGGUUGGGUCACCUGGCAACAGCCUUUUUGCUUUUGAGCUUUUUCGAUCCAAAGAUAGUUUCAGGCAGCUUGCCUCCAUCCCAGCAAGAAAGAAAUUCGAUUGAGCCUAUCAGUUACGAGUGGAAUUGUGGUAACGAGACGAAAGCGAAACAAGUUAUCAAAGAUGUCAUGACGACCGUAUCGUACACCACCGUAGAAUGGAGGUCUCCACUGGGAGCAUGGACAUCAGAAUUGCCUGUAUGUGAUCAAGCAACUCCAAGGCGACUAGUGGCGGGCCCAGGGUUGGGUGAUAUCAAGAGCAUAGGAAAGUCUGAUCCGCAACGAACCGACCGAAAACGCGCCACACCCCUCUACCAAUGCGACACCAAUACAACCAAAUCCUUUUCGGUGCUUGCUCCACUUGAACCAGUAGACGAUGCCCGAGUACUCUUGCUGACAUUUCAAAAACGCCCUUUGAUACAGAACUCUGACAUCCAGGUACGUUUGAAUGGUAGAAUGGCUAAUGGGGAGCUCGUACCUAUACGAGUGGCAACGAAACCAGAAAUCCAUGAUCAGUGGCGCUGUCAUAUCUCAGUUCCCUGGAGCACCUCGGUCGACGUCUAUCUGUACGUUUUCACGAUGCAGCAACCAGCUGUCAAUUCGAUAGAGGUUUGUACAUCCAACACCUUGCGAAAAAACCCAAACAUACAAUCGCUAGCAUUGUGGUGA